AUGUCCCAAGUCACCAACAAACCCCCUCUCCAACUCGCUCUACGCGGAGACUCCCUCCUAACCUCCCCGCGCUUCAACAAAGGCGCCGGGUUCCCAGCCAACGAGCGCACAGCGUUUGGAUUGAUCGGCCGUCUCCCAUAUCGCACCAAUACCCUCGACGAGCAAUGCGAGAGAGCCUACGAACAGCUCACUUCCCUCGAGCUCGCGGCACUUUUUCUACUCGUUAGCUGCGUAGUUAUCUGGUGGGAUGGCUAUGUGCAUGCAACCACGCUUGCCCGGGCACAGGCCGUGGUGGUGGCGAAUAAUACGCUUCAACAGCCCGCGAUGAGGGGGAUGCCGACUCUCCAAAUCCAAAACCCCGCUUCCACGCGACCAUCGUUAGAUAUUACCCUGGCAGAUGCUGGAUCCGUACGCUCCCUGAAUUCUGAGGUGUUCACAACGUCUUCAGAGUCUGACAACUCAACUCCUCGACAAGAGAACACGACAAAUUUUCAAGGGUGGUCUUUGAAUAAUUCCGUUCGCCGCUAG